AGUGAACAUGAGCGGCAACAUAGCCAUUACCGGGAUCCCGACAACCCCGGGCUCCGAUGGUAGAGCCGUGCCGCUCCGCCGGGAGCUCCGGGAUUUCCAAAGGAACUACCCCGAUCAGUACAAUCUGUACAUCCUGGGCCUCAGAUAUAUACAGGCCCAGGGUGUAAACGUGCCUACGUCGUACUAUCAGAUCGCCGGCAUCCAUGGCAUGCCAUACAAGCCCUGGAACGGCGUGGGCAGCAUCACGAACUGGCAGAGCACCAGCGGGUUUGGAGGAUACUGCACGCACUCAUCCAUCCUGUUUCUGACCUGGCACCGGCCGUACCUUGCACUCUAUGAACAAUCUCUGUACAACGCCGUCCAGGAGGUUGCAAAGCAAUUCCCACAAGGCGCCCUUCGUGACCGGUAUGUCGAAGCGGCCAAGACGUUCCGUUGCCCCUACUUCGACUGGGCGAGCCAACCGCCUCGUGGGACGGCGGUCUUCCCGACCGCGUUCACCUCGCCCAACGUUCAGGUCGUGGACGUCGACGGCAGAACCAAGUCCGUUCCCAACCCCCUGUACCGGUUCACUUUCCAGCCGCUGAACCUUCCCCCGGGAGACUUAUCACGUCAGUGGAACCGCUUCCCAACGACUGUCCGGUACCCGAACCGGACGACGGGCCAGUCGCAGGACUCGCGCAUCGCGCCGAUCCUAGCCAACGAACUGGCGUCGCUGCGCAGCAACGUCGGCCUGUUGCUGCUGUCGUACACCAACUUUGACGCCUUCAGCUUCAACGCAUGGGAUCCCAGCACCAACCCGGGCGAGUUCGGCAGCGUGGAGGACGUGCACAACGAAAUCCACGACCGCAUCGGCGGCGGCGGACACAUGUCGUCUCUGGAGGUGUCGUCGUAUGAUCCGUUUUUCUGGCUCCACCACUUCAAUAUCGACCGCCUCUGGGCUAUCUGGCAGGACCUCAACCCAGAUAGCUACAUGUCGCCCCGCCCGGCGCCAUAUUCAACGUUCAGUGCCACGGGCGGCGAGCCCCAAACGCAAGACACGCCCCUCGCACCCUUCUGGGACAAGUCCGGUAGCAAGUUCUGGACCUCGGCCCAGAUCAAAGACACGGUAACGUUCGGAUAUGCCUACCCGGAGACGCAGAAGUGGCGUUUCCCGGACCCGCACGCGUAUCGGGCAGAGAUCCGGCGGGCGGUCACCGCACUGUACGGCACCAACGUGUUCGCAAACUUCGUGGCCAACGUUGCCCAGCGAAAGGAGGAGCAUAACAUUGCAGUGACCGCCCUGGCUGCCCACGCCAAGCCAGACGCCACGGCAGAUGAUAAACCGCCGGCAUUGAACAAGCCCGUCUUUUCCGUCCCGCAGGCAGUCUUCGCAGCCGCCGCACUGGCCUCCAAGCCCGAGUCAGCCGAAGAAGAAGGCCCGAUCCCCUCAAGCCUCAAACACCUCGCCCCAAACAACACCUACACCGAGUGGGUCGUCAACGUGCGUGCACAAAAGCACGGCCUGGGCGCCUCGUUCCGCCUGCUCGUCUUCCUCGGCGCCUUCAACGAAACCGACCCGUCGACCUGGGACACCGAGUUCAACUGCGUCGGGCGCGUGUCGGUGCUGGGGCGCGACCCGGCCGAGACGCAGUGCGCCAAGUGCGUCGGCGACGCCGCCAGCGAGCUGAUGGUCUCGGGCACGGUGCCGCUAACGUCGGCGCUGCUGCAGGACAUUGUCGAGGGCGAGGUGGCGAGCCUCGACGCGGAGCACGUGGUGCCGCAUCUCAAGGAGAAGCUGGCGUGGAAGGUGACCAUGUUUGACGGAGAGGAGCGCAACGUGUUGGAGGUGCCCGGGCUGAGGGUCAGUGUUGCGUCGACUAGGGUGACGAUUGGCGAGGACGGGCUGCCGGAUUAUAGCGGAGAGUAUACCGUGUGGCCGGAGAUAACGGAUGGCAAGCCUGCCGGGUUGAGAGAGGGAGAGCAUGUGUAGACGAUGGAGGGCGAUGGAGGCGUAGAAACGGUGGCUGACGCGCAACAUGAAUUGCCGUUUUAGUCGUGGACAGGAACAGGCGGAUGGCAAGGUCCGAAGAGAUGGGUAUCAAGAUUUCCGCGAGAACGAGAUGAUAACAGAGGUAUACGUGCUUUUUCGCCAGAGCCCCAACGCCUUCCCAGAUGCAUCCC